AGCAACAUUUGGUUUUCUCUCACUCAUUGCUCUCCUCCUCUACUGUUCUCUUGCAAAUAUUUGUAGUAGAAGAAGGGGAAAAUGGUGAAGUUCUCGAGAGAGUUGGAAGCUCAGCUUAUUCCAGAGUGGAAAGACGCAUUCGUCAACUACCGUCAGCUCAAGAAGCAGGUCAAGAAGAUUAAGAUUUCCCUCCAUCAAAGGUUGGAUCCCGAUGCUGCCGCAGCCGGGGACGAAGAAAUACCCAGCUUCGGAAUUUCCAUCUUCGACGGUUUUCGCGCUCUUGCUGCCGGUUUCACCUCGACAUCUAAACGCGACCAUCGCGAUUUAUCUAUUACGUGCGACGACGAUAGCGCAGAGGAAGUGGAACCCGUUCAAUCCACUGAGGUUGAGGAAAAGAGUUUUUUCAAUAAACUGGAAAAGGAACUUGAAAAAGUGAACAAAUUCUACGAGACAAAGGAAAGAGAGUUCUGCGAGCGCGGGGAAGCCCUAAACAAACAGCUACAGAUCCUCCUUGAUUUAAAGAAAAUCCUCGACGAGCAUUUCCGUCGCCGUCAACAUCGGCGUUGCUCAUCUCCCAGUAAGGGCGCCUUUCUUGAUCGAUUCAACUCGUCACCCAUAUCCGAUCGAACAAGCGAAACGGAUGUGCCGGUAUCGGAUAGCUCGACGUCACCUGCGAUCUCAGAAGAGGUGAUCUCGGCUCUGGAGAAAAACGGCAUCAGCUUCGUAGGGUCAGCUAGGUCGAAGGCAAAGAAGGGCGCAAAGCCAAAGGCUGCGACGAUGAGGAUUGACAUCCCGGCAACGACUCCCGGGAAGACCAUUUCAGCCAUUACCUCAAUGGUGUGGGAGGAUCUCGUCAAUGGAGCCAGAAAGGAAGGUGAAUGCGGCGGCGAUUACAUCAGCCGGAAGAAGAUACAGUGCGCGGAGAAGAUGAUCCGCGGCGCUUUCAUUGAGCUGUAUCGAGGCCUUGGACUGCUAAAGAACUACAGUUCACUAAAUAUGAUUGCCUUCACCAAGAUAUUGAAGAAGUACGACAAGGUAUCGAAAAAGCAGGCAUCGAGCGGCUACUUAAAGAAGGUGAAGCGAUCGCACUUUGUAAACUCAGACAAGGUGGUGAAGUUGGUGGACGAGGUGGAAACUAUUUUCAUCAAGUGCUUUGCCAGCAAUGACAAGAAAAAGGCAAUGAAGUUCCUCCGCCCGAAUCAGCCCAAGGAAUCCCACAUGAUCACCUUCUUCGUAGGUUUGUUCACAGGUAGCUUUGUGACAUUGUUUACUGUGUACGCCUUCUUAGCGCACAUAUCUGGUAUUUUCUCGUCCACAUUCGAACCAGGUUACAUGGAAACAGUUUACCCUGUUUUCAGUUAUGUGUUGCGUGCUUUGCCCUGUGCAAGGAGAUACAUGGAGGAAGGCUACGACCCCAACCACCUGGCCAACGCAGGCAAGUACAUCUCAGCCAUGUUGGCCGCUGCUGUUCGGUGGAAAUAUGCAUUCGAUCCAACUCCAAUGUGGCUUGCAUUCGUCGUCAUCACCUCAACAUUUGCUACUUUCUACCAACUCUACUGGGACUUCGUUAAGGAUUGGGGCCUUCUCAACCUCUACUCAACAAACCUAUUUCUGAGGGAUGAACUUAUUCUCAGAAACAACUCCAUCUAUUACGUUUCCAUGGCUUUGAACUUCGUGCUUCGACUAGCGUGGAUAGAGGCAGUGCUAAGGUUAAAUUUGGGGCCGGUCGAGAACCGUCUUGUCGACUUCUCUCUCGCCUCUCUCGAGAUUAUUCGACGGGGACACUGGAACUUCUACAGGUUGGAGAACGAGCACUUGAACAACGUUGGCAAGUUUAGAGCUGUGAAGGCAGUUCCACUUCCCUUCCGAGACAUUGAAUAGAUCAAUGCCAUGGACGCCUUAAUUUCAAUUUGUCGAAGUGGCUAAUUAGUACAUGCCGUUACUAAUUCAUCAUCAGCAUUAAUUGUUUUUUAGCUUCUUUGUUGUCCCACUUAUUAGCAAAUUACUUUUUAAUCUCCCUAAGCUUGGUAAUUUAAGACGAAGGUAUACCAGAUGGUUUGACUUGAAGCUAGCAGAAGCAUCUCAUAGAGCAUACUACCUUGUCAAGUCAAAUAAUGCAGUUCUCAGCCGAUAGGAAGGAGUUUGUGAAGAGAACAAAGAGAGGGUUUAACGUGCCCAGAAAGGGAAAAAAAAAA